AUGCCCUGCGAAGGUUGUACUUGUGGAUUGCGUGAAGAUGGCGGAGAGGAGGGGGAUAUUCUGGAACAGACUAAUCUCGGUGUGAGGUCCUUUACCGCGCCUGCAGAGGAACGUGGGGAGCCCGAAGGAAUCGAGCCUGCGGUACCUUUGCGAUCUAAGCAAUGGUGGAACAACCCUUCUGAUGACAUGUGCGGAGCUUACGUGGAAAGAUAUCUGAAUGGAGGUCUCACAAUGAAUGAAAUUGCGAACAAACACAAACCCAUAAUUGGUAUCGCUCAAACUGGCUCGGAUUUGGCGCCUUGCAACUCCGGUCAUGUACAGCUCGCUAAGCGUGUCCGAGAUGGAAUCAUUGCUGCUGGAGGUACUCCUUUUGAAUUCCCUUGUCAUCCUAUUCAGGAAACUACCAAACGUCCAACCGCCAGUCUUGACCGGAAUUUCGCGUACUUGUCGCUUGUCGAGGUACUUUUCGGCUACCCUAUGGAUGGAGUGGUUCUUCUUACCGGUUGUGACAAAACUACGCCAGCCAUGCUGAUGGCCGCCGCUACCGUCAACAUUCCUGCUAUUUGUAUGAACGUGGGACCUAUGUUAAAUGGAUACGCUGGUCAACGCCUUGUGGGUUCGGGUACCGUCUUAUGGGACGCACGAGCUGCUCUUGCAGCAGGCAAGAUCGAUCAACUGCAACUGAUGCAAACGGUGGCAACUUCAGCGCCCAGUUUGGGACAUUGUAACACCAUGGGAACGGCCAGUACGAUGAAUGCCUUGGCUGAAGCUCUUGGUAUGGCACUUCCCGGUAGUGCUUCCAUUCCUGCUCCUUAUAGAGAAAGGGGUGCUUGUGCAUAUCAAACUGGACGUCGAAUUGUCGAUCUCGUGCGUGAGGAUGUCAAACCCUCUGACAUUUUGACGCGAGAAGCCUUCGAGAACGCCAUUGCCUUGAAUACUGCCAUUGGGGGUUCCACCAAUGCACCUAUCCAUUUGAACGCUAUCGCCAAGCACAUUGGAGUCCCCCUUUCGAAUGAAGACUGGCAGGAUGUCGGUUAUAAACUCCCAUUACUGGUCAACAUCCAGCCUGCUGGAGAAUACCUUUGUGAGGAAUACCACCGAGCUGGGGGUUUACCAGCCGUCACCGCUGAGCUCAUCAAACAUAAUCUCUUACCUCAUCCCGAUGCUUUGACUGUUUCAGGCCGUUCGAUCGGGGAUAACUGCCGCGAAGAUUUCAGCACCGAUAAACGAGUCAUCCGUCCCAUUGAUAGACCUGUCAAGACUUCAGCCGGAUUUCUUCAUCUUUCCGGCUCUCUAUUCGACAGCGCCAUCAUGAAGACUUCUGUGAUAAGUCAAGCGUUCCAUGAUCAGUAUCUAAGCAACCCAGAUGACCCAAUGGCUUUUGAAGGUCCCGUGGCUGUAUUUGACGGUCCAGAAGAUUAUCACCAUCGUAUAGAGUCAGAAGCUGAUAUUCAAGCUGGGACAAUCUUGAUCAUGCGAGGAGCUGGUCCACAAGGAUACCCAGGAGCAGCCGAAGUUGUCAACAUGAUACCCCCUGGUCGAUUGAUUAGACAAGGUGUAGAGCUGCCUUGUAUUGGUGAUGGUCGACAGUCGGGUACCUCUGGUAGUCCCUCAAUCUUGAAUGCUUGCCCGGAAGCGGCUACCGGCGGAAACCUCGGUAUCUUGAAAGACGGUGAUAUCAUUCGGAUCGAUUUGGCGCGUGGACGCGCGGACAUCAAAGUCGAUGCCAAAGAGUUAGAAGCCAGAAGAAAGGAAAUGGGUCCAUUCAAAGUUCCCAAAUCCCAAACGCCAUGGCAAGAAUUGUUCAGAGAAAACGUUAGUGAGCUUUCAGAAGGCAUGGUCAUUCCUAAGGCAGUGAAGUAUCAACGUUUGGCACAAACUGCCGGUAUCCCUAGGCGUAAUCAUUAA